AUGGAUGACUGGACUGAACUGGAUAGGAUUGAUGCUUCUUUGGUAAAGGCAUUGAAGCCUUGUUUUCCAACUGCAUUACAAGUUGCAACUGCAUUUGAUGAUCUGGAGGGUGCGAGACACCUGGUCGAGGAUGCACUGGGAAAUAGCUAUGGUGUGGCCCGCCGGGAGGCCAUUGCGCAGGCAUUGUUCGACUGGCAAGCAACCUCUCACCGUAGAUUGAAGAGGAUGCAGUUGUUUGGUGUCAGGGAUAGGCUUGAAUUUGGGAAGCAGUUGGAUCAGUCUGGUCUGGUGUCAACGAUGGCAGAUAACUAUGAGAGCAUUGUUACAGGUAGUCCCACUUUGGGCUUGGCAGCGUUGGAAAGUCGUUUGGCUAAGAGGGCAAAAACGAGCAGCACUGCAAGGUCAGAUGAAGAUGCAGAGGAAUUAGCGAAGAAGAAAUGGGCUUUGGUCUUGGCUGAGUUUAUCACUGAAUCAAAACUUCCUGCUGUGCCCACGGAACAUAGGCUUUCUGGAGAUCGGUUGUGGCUGGAGACAGUGAAAGCCUGGACAGCAGAGCUCAGCCGUGAUGCACCGCCAAAGAGACAGGCGGACUUGUACACAGUAGCAAUCGAGAUGAGCUCAGAGUUGGUUUUGGAUAAUCUCACCGCACCGAUUGGACAGAGGUUUUAUUCAUUUGUGCUUUUGCUUUUGCUCUGGGGAACGAUGCGUUGUGAUGAUUUACAGAACGUCGAUCCAUCCUCACUGGAACUUUCACAGCUGGGCCUCAAGUUCGUUUUGCGCCGGACUAAGACUAGUGGACCUGGCAAGCCUGUAGGGGAGUUACACGGUUUCAUUGCACGUGAGGUCAGUUUGACUGGUGUGGACUGGUUGAAAUUGGGCAUGGAUCUUUUAGAAGAUGAUGAAGUGAGUUUUCAGAGGGAUUUCUUUGCAGUUUCAUUUUCAGAUGAUUGGAUGAAAUCAGGGCCGAAUUUCUUGGAACCUGAAGGAUUGGCGACCAUGUUGAGGAGGCUUCUCCUUGUUUUACCGACGGUGGUGCGACGUGGUGGCGGUUUAGUCGAGGAGGAGCUCAUGGAACGGGUCAAGGCCUUUGCAGUAAGGGUCAAUGCAGGGAUAACAGAGGCUGACAUGAAGGCCUACCUCCAUGACCGGGUGGAAGGCGAUUUGGCCUUCAUACUGCAGGUCGAAGUGAGUAACUUGCAGAAUCGUGCAGCCGUAGCUGGAGUGGUAGCUGCUUGGGAGGCCUCUAAGGAGUAUGCAUCAAAACAAGCAGAGUUGAAGGCCGAGGCACGUCUCUUGGGCGUCACGCGGCCUGUCACCCAGACAGAUCGAGCGGCAAUGAGAGCAGCAUAUGUAGCAACCCAUGGUGAAAUUGAAGAGACUUUUGAGCCUUCGGAUGAUUACUUGUCAACGAAGAUCGAGGAGUUGGAAGCUCACGCAGAUCUGAGGAGCCUUCAUUGGGAGGCAACCGCAGUUGGAGGAGGAGGUUGCAACCGUGUUCACAUUUGCAGAGUUCGUGGAUGCGGCAAAUCGCAUCCGAUGUGGCAGCACUACCAGGGCAUGAUGCAGAAAGGCUAUAGCUUUGGAUGUGGUGUCAGCGUUGCCACUUUGCAUGGCGAUGCAGGGGGAACAUGCUUCAGCGGCAUCGACUUCCUCUGCAACAUUUCAUGCCUCUCCUACGGAUCAUGCUACAGUGAUGUCAGCAGAGACAUCAACAGUGCAGGGAGCCCAGAGGACCUGGGACAGCAAGAUGCAGAAACCUUUGACCCAGACAAGCUACAGGGAUUGAGGCGUAAGAUAGCAUCACUGUUGAGGUCUUCAGAAAGCGGGAGAAGUUCAGACAAUUGGACAUCAGAGUUUCAGCCGGACAUGAAAAACUAUGCAACUGCAGAGAUGUCCUCCGAUCAACUUGAAGAUCACUUCAGAAAAGACGAACAGCUUGGUAGGCCCGUGAUGCGGGUGCCCGUGCUGGUUUACGUCACUUUGAGGUUCUUGAAGGAACAACUUCAGAGACACGGGCACUGGGUUAAUGCGACAGUGUCGUCACAGCUCUUGGCGAACGGUGUGCGCAUGAGGCUUCGUUGGAGGCCGCGAGAAGAAAAUGUUCCAGCAGACGCCAUCACCAAUGGCGACCAUAGCUUGUUUGAUGUGAAGAACCGGGUGGAGUUUUCUUUGGAUGAUUUACCGUUAAGUUUUUUCCGGGAGUUGUGUGCCUCCCGCAAUGAGUUUAUGAGUUUACGUGAAACACAGGUUGAUGUGAAGCUAGCUGAAGGAAAACAGAGCAAAAGACAGAAGUUGGCCAACAAGACAGCGUGGUGA